AAAAAGGGGGUAAAAAUCAGCCACAUCGCUCUCCACCUUAUCCACUUCUGCUCCAAUCCAUUUGGCAGAAAAACUUCGUCACACUCCCUUUGAUCCAAUCAUCCAAUCCUAAACCCCAGAUCCACGCCGACCAUUCUCAAGACCCAAUGGACAGCAACAACCAGCAAUCAUCUCCUUCCGCCGCGGGAAUCCCUCCUCCUGUAUCCGCCGUCGGAGGAGCUUCUUACCACCACCUUCUCCAGCAACAGCAACAACAGCUCCAAAUGUUCUGGUCCUACCAACGCCAAGAGAUCGAGCAAGUAAACGAUUUCAAAAACCAUCAGCUCCCUCUCGCUCGUAUCAAAAAGAUCAUGAAAGCCGACGAGGAUGUGCGUAUGAUCUCCGCCGAAGCUCCGAUUCUCUUCGCCAAAGCCUGCGAGCUCUUCAUCCUCGAGCUCACCAUCCGUUCUUGGCUUCACGCCGAGGAAAACAAACGCCGCACGCUUCAGAAAAACGACAUCGCCGCCGCUAUUACAAGGACAGAUAUCUUCGACUUCCUAGUCGAUAUCGUUCCUAGAGAAGAGAUCAAGGAAGAGCCGGUGAUCGGCGGGAUGAUGCCUCCCGCCGUGAGCGGCGUGCCGUACUAUUAUCCGCCGAUGGGUGGUUCCGGAGGGAUGAUGGUUGGAAGACCGGCUAUGGAUCCGAGUGGCGUCUAUGUCCAGCCUCCGUCUCAGGCGUGGCAGAGCGUUUGGCAAACGUCGGCCACCGGCGACGAUGUUUCUUACGGCAGUGGGGGAAGCAGCGGUCAAGGGAAUCUUGACGGCCAAGUUUGAGCUCAGAGUUACUCCAAAUGAAAGCAUGUUUUACUUGCUGUUGAAGACAGCAAAUAUUAGUCGACUCUGCCUUGGAUGUUUAAAAGGAGCUAUUGUCUAUCUGUUAACUUGUAAGGUUAUUGUAGCAAAACCAUCAUUUCUGCGACUAUGCCUUUACUCUCUAUAUACAUCUAAUGUGCAGUUUCUAAUUUUUUGCUUUUUCUAUUAUUUUACCUAGCUCUCCUCGUUUCACAUUUUCAGAGAUUUGAGUGCUUGUAAACCAAUAGCAAAACCAAACUGUGUAAAUGUGGAUCUGUAUAUAAUAAGCUUGUGACAUA